AUGACGCUCCGAAACGCGUCAGGCAAGUUUAGCUUGCCGUCCUUUGGGCGUAGCAAGCGCGAUAUCCAACAUGAGUCGAUCCCAGCCCAGUCACGGAUCUCGUCAAGCACUUACAACUCGGGUCCCGCUCCGACCAUGACCAGCGGUGACUCUGAGCCGUCAUCACCUCGCGUUCCCGAGUCUAUGAUGAGCAUCAGCACUGGGGGUGGUGGGAUGGGCGGAGCGGCCCCCAGCAGUGGCCCGUCUGCUUUCGACGGAAUCGGGCGCAAGCUCGGCAAGAGCAUCGCGCACACUAGCCUGCUUCCUUCCCUGGGCAACCAGGACCUGCGCCCCUUGCAGGACAUCAUCACUUCAGAAAAGGCAAUUAUGGGGACGUGCGACCGGCUCGCAACCGAGACCGCCACCGCGGCUACCAAGCUGCCGCUCUACGGCCAGUCCGAGGGACCCGAUUUGCAGGAUGUGCUGAGCCACUCGUCUACGCUUUUGAACCAGCUGUCGGCUGCAUUCCGGGCCUUUGCGAGUCACGAGGCGAGCAUGCGCGUGUGCUUCAAGAAGGUCCGCGCACGUGAAGAAGCACUCGACGAGAUGCGCCGCCGACGCCGCACGACGGGCGUCAAGGCCGAGGCGGCCGAGCGGAAACUCGCCAAAAUGGGUCCCGAGAACAAGCAGUUGCCAGCGCAGACCGACCUGCUCGAGAGACUCCGCCAAGAUAUGCGUCAGAUGGACUCGGACAUUGUCCAUGAGGAGACCAGGCUCGGUGACUUCAAGCGCCAGACCGUCAAGGAGGCCAUGUCAUACAAGUUCGGCGGUUUAGAGGAGCUCGGCGAGAAGAUGUGCAUCAUCGGCGAGUUAGGCAAGCUCCUCCUUGAGGAGAUACCGCUCGAGGAGACGCCCCCUGGGUACGACCGUGCGCCGUACAAUGCGUACGAGAGGACUGAGAACACGACCAAGGAGGCCAUCAAAUGCCUCGCCACCGUACAGUUCCACGCGGCGUCGGCCGCUCCCAAGCCGCCUGGGCUGCCGAUUAUGGCGGACUCGGGGUCGCUGCGCGCACCUUCGUUCGGCCGUCAGGACUCUGCGCCACGGCCAACCACGUUACACACCGGCGGGGGCCACGAGGGGUACGGCGGCUACCCAACAGAGCGCAAGGCCAGUGGUGGGCCCCCACAACUCCCGGCAAUUGGCGAGACGUCGUACGACGGCCACAGAAGCACGUACAGCGAGUUUGGGGGGCGCCUGGCCUCGAACGUUGACACGCCACCGGGCACUGUUGUCCGGAAGGCUGCUGACUCACCCAACCUCGACGUGCACGACUACGAGUGGCAGCAGCAGAUGGAGAUGGAUGAGCAGAGGGCUCAAGAGCAGGGCGCCAGCGCACCUGCAGACACCAUCGUCCGCGACAACUCGCGCGAGCCCGAGACGCAAGACUACGAGUGGCAACAGCAGAUGGAGAUGGACGCCGAGCGGGCACGUCAGGAGGCCGCAGCACCCGCGGUGUCCCCCGCUGACACCGUUUCGACCCAGACGCAGGUGAGAGGUCCCGACGAGGCAGAGGCCGAGAGCGACCAUGGCACCGAGUUGGCACACAAUCAACCUCUCGCUGGCUGGCAGCCUCUCAAGGUCGAGUCGUCGGGCGGUACGCGCGGUACGACACUGCACGAUGGGCCGAGUUACCAGCUGCGGGACGAACCGGGUUACACUCUGCCGUCGAUCGGUCAUGAGCCGUUCAGCUCGGACUUCCUUUCGACGGGUGACGAGAACCGCGACGUGCGCCCAGGCUCGAACAACUCGGGUUACUACUCUAGCGAGACGACCAUGCCUCCCCCACCGGGCAUUCGGCAGUCUGAGGACGGCGAAUUCUCGACGCCGCUCUCGUCCCCUCCCCCACCCGCACACCUUUCCUCUCCGCCUCGAACGCGCCUCUCCGAACCGAGCGCGUACGACGGCAUCGCGCACCCUGAUGAGGACACAAGCGCUGCCCUCGCGUACGCCUCCAGAAUGCCUCCUGCGUCCCCGCCAUCGCAGUACAACUACUCCGACGAGCCGGCGAUGGUGGACAUUCCGGGGGAUCACAGACGCAGUACCCCGACCCAGCACCCGCUAGCGCAGUACAUCCCCUCUGUGCCGCCGCCCGCGCCCUCCGACCUCGACCGGCACAACCACCCCGCCAGUGUCCGAGAGUCUUUCACGAGCCAGUACCCGCGCGACCCGCGUGACUCGUUUGCGCCCAGCUUCAUGACGCGCGAGUCUAUGCCGCCCGGCUCGUUCGGGGUACGCGACGCGUACGCGCGCACGAGCAACGGUAGCAUCGGCGACGUGAACGAGGCGAGCGUCGUCAACAUCCCCGCGCAGAGCACGCCGUUCACCGUCCAGGUUCCCGCGACGGCGGCUGGGAUGAUGAGCGCGGCCGCGUUUAGACGCGCCGCCAAGCCCCGCAACUCGGGGAUCGACUUUGACGUGCCGACCUCUCCGGUCCAGCGGCCUCUGCCGGCUCCGCCCACGAGUGCGCCGAUGCAGGUGCCUGGUGCGCCGCGUACCCCAAGCCCUCCUCCCUACGACCCCAGCGGUCCCUACGACGCCAGAAGCCCGCAGUAA